AUGACGCGCGGGAAGCAGAAGAUCGACGCGCAGCGGCGUAACGCAGAGCGGAACCAGAAAUCCAAGGGGUCCCAGCUCGAGGCCCGCGCCGUCGGCCUCAAGGUCGUCUGCCCCAUCUGCAAGGUACAAUUGGCAAAUGAAAAACAGCUGACCGAUCACUACGGGUCAAAGCAUCCAAAGGAGAAACCUCCAAGCACAUCGAACACGGAAUAA